GAAUGAAAGCCAAGCUGGUAUUUGACAUUAACUCAUCGCUUGUCAGAGAGCAUGGGAGCAAUUAUAUUUCUCCUGAUUCUGGCGCUUCUCAAGGACUAUGGUCAUGGAGCGCCACAGGAAGAUAUCGACGAGUGCAGUAGCAACUCCCUCAUCUGUGGGGACAAUUCAGAUUGUUUCAAAACUGAGGGUAGCUACUUCUGUUUGUGUCAUCCUGGGUUUGAUGACUUUACUGGUGCCGCGCGACAAUGCUUGGACAUAGAGGAGUGUGUUACGUUCCCAAAUAUUUGUGGGAAAUGGGGAACCUGUCUUAAUCAGGUGGGUAGCUACCUGUGCACGUGUCCCAAUGGAUUUAGGAACUCUGGCGACGGACACACUCCGUGUGUAGACAUUGACGAGUGUAAUACAGACGGAGUAUGUGGAAAUGUGGGCAUCUGUCAAAACCUGAUUGGCAGUUACUGGUGCCAGUGUCCUGCUGGAUUUACUAACUUUGGCAAAAACCAAGCUAAGUGUGUAGAGCUUAUUUGUGACCAGUAUGAAACACAGCCUGGACAGACUCUACCAGGCUUUGAUCGUUUAUUUUCUCUGUUGAGAAACAACUGUUUGGUGUUGAGCAACUCUACGUUUUCUGGACCUACAAGAUCGCUGCCAUCUGGAGAUAUGCUUUUGACAUUACUGGUUAAUACCACUGAUGUUCUUCAACUGGGCCUCCAGUCCAAUGGUCACCGUAGUAGCUUGUGAAGUGACUAAGUUACUGAGGACGAUUGAAAUCUCUAUCAGACUGAUCGCUCCACUGCUGACAGAGAACGUGACCAGGAUAGAGACCAACCACACAGCAGAGGUUGAGAUUAUGGUGAGAAGAGACAAGACUCCACCUGAAGGACCAGUCAGCCUGACCAAUGAGAACACUCAAUUUGACACCACCUGGGAGACGGUGGUUGGAGAUGACCAGAAUUACCCAGGGUUUGCGUAUGUCUUUCUGCUCAGCUAUAGGAAUCUGGAUAGUCUGAAGGACAACACUUCUCAUCAGAGCCAGCAGCUCAUGUCCAGUGCUGCGACGGUGUCCGUUAGCAACUCCAACACAACAUACCUGCCCCAACAGGUUAAUCUCACCUUCCAUCACCUGCAGUCCAGUGAUGUUGACCCCACCUGUGUUUAUUGGUCGGAUGAGAAUGGACCGGGGGUGUGGUCUGGGAGGGGUUGCACCUUAGUGAUUUCGAACUCCACCCACACUGUGUGCUCCUGCAACCAUCUCAGCACAUUCGCUAUGCUGAAGGGAAUCCAUCAGGGACAGGGAAGCGGGCAGUUGUCGUUGGUGAUGUGGGUGGGUGUUGUUGUGGCACUGACCUGUGUGUUCCGUAUCACCACCCUGUGGUGUCGCUUUGUCAGCCGCAAACGCCGUGGAGGACGCCGGCUGCAACAGGAUGUACAGCUACAUAGAAAAUAAGACAUGGAUUUGAACUAUUUGUGUUCUAAGAAAAGCUACUUGGAAUCCAUUUGAAAAUAUUGUCUCUUGGCUUGCAAGGACAUCCAAUUGCCAGAAUUUGUAUUUAUUUAAGUAGUUUAAAAAUGUAUCAAACAAACAAAAACAAAAACACAACUUUUUAUUAAUAGAUAUAACAUUUUGCAUCUAUAGAAAUCAGUUCUGGAAUGUAAUAGAUGUGCUCUCAUCUCUAUGGCAACAUAAGUAAUUUCAGUCUCAUAAACAUGGUUUGUAAUUUGUAGAGAUGAGAAUAGUGGUAAAUCCACUCAACGCUGCAUUUGUCCAGUAUUUCUUUUUUAAAUUGUACCUUUCUUUAACUAGGCAAGUCGGCCUAGGAACUGCCUGUUCAGGGGCAGAACGACAGAUUUGUACCUUGUCAGCUCUGGGAUUUGAACUUGCAACCUUUCGGUUACAAGUCCAACACUGUAACCACUAGGCUACUCUGCUGCCUCUUUUUUAAAUUGUAAUUUUAUGCCACUUGGUUGUUGUUGUAACUGACUUAUUUGAAGUGAAAGUAAUAUUUUUCCUGUUUAUUUUACAGUGCUUGAGAAGGUAUUUAAAUCCACAAAUCAUCUUGCUAUUAUAUCCUUCAUUCUGACAUAAAUGUCUAAAUAUGAGCUGUCCGUUUUGUAAAAAUAAUAAAGCACAACAUCAUGCUGAAAGUACAAAGAAUUUGAUAAUUGCUCACCCAAGACAUUGUUUUUUUUGCCUCUCAUUAGGCUAGGCCUAUAGAACUGCCCACAUGGUGUAAACACUUCCAAACUGACUUAAAGGCCCAGUGCAGUCAAGAACAUGAUUUCCUGAGUUUUAUGUAUAUUUAAACACUUUGAGGUUGGAAUAAGACUGUGAAAUUGUGGACAUUAUGAUAAUGCCCUUUUAGUGUAAGAGCUGUUUGAAAAUGUCAGCCUGUUUAGGUAGAAUGAAGUUUUGGCUUGCUGGUGACAUCACCAGGCAGUAAAUUAGUCAAUAGACUAAUAAGAAAGAGCGUUCCAAACCUGGGCUGUAAUCAUAAAAAUCCCCCAUCCCCCAAAAAAUAAGCUUUUUGGUUUUAGUUGAAGGUUAGGCAGGCAUAUGGUUAGCCGUGUGUUUAAGUUUAGGGUUAGGAUUCAAAUUAAAUUUUAAUUAAUUAAGAAGAGACAUUUUAGAAAUAAGCUGUGGCUGUAGUAACUAGUGACGACAAGUGCACAGAGAGGGAUAGCUUUGUCAAGAAGACUUCGCGUUUUGUGUCAGCCAGACUAGAGAAAUGUACUGUAUGUCUGCCCUAAAAUUUACCAUUGAUCAUCAUGAAGGAACAUAGUGUGAGUGAUAUUAAUAUUGUAAAUCUACUGUCUCCCACCAUUUGAUCAUAGUUGCUUCUUCAUUUUCCAACAGGCUGUUUAUCACACAAAUGCAUUUGCCAUCAUUAUCAUGACUUUGAUAUCUCUCAUUCUCAAUAGGUCUUGAAACUUCUCUCUUCAUUGGUUAAUCGGCCUACCUUUUGAGCUAACAUAAAUCUAGAUAAUGUAGCCUUUCAAUAUAUUGGGAUGCUUCGGCUAUGGAGGGAGAUUUCGUCAGGAAAAUGAUUGAUUUCAUGGACAAAUAGUCCCACCACCACUUCAAGAAAAACCCAGAAACGCUCUUCAUUUGUGUAAUCACAAAGUCACACUAAAUGUUAAGCAUUGCAACCCCUUUCCCGUUAAUGCUGAUAGAGCAAGUGAGAAUGUGAAAGUUACGGGAAAUGCUGCUGUAGUAACUUGUAAAAUUUGCAUAAAGGUCAGACAUCUUCGAAAUAAAUCAAGAGCAAGACAUUUUGAAAAGAAAAGAGAAAGAUAAGUAGCCUUGCUUCAGAGUGAAAUCUGGAUUCUAAGUCUGCUUUUGGUAAGGCAGCUGGUUUAUGUGGCCCUGUUGAUAAGAGUCUAUACUGUGCAUGUUGGUGUUUUAGAUCAGUGUCCUCUUAUGUCUGAUCUUGGAGAUAGACCCUCUACACUAGAGUCUAAUUCAGGGAUGGAACUCCUGGACGUGGUCUACGCAAAACUAGACAAAUGAACCUGAUGUGAAUUGCGAUGCAAAUGGUCUUCUCAUGCUACCCAGUCAGUUCCUCUUUGUUCUCGACUUCCAAGAAAAUGCCUGUGCUAGUUAUGGGGAACUAUUUUUACUUCCCUGCGCUAACCACAUC